AUGGCUACACAUUCAGAUACUACACAUACAGAUUCUGAGUCUCAGAACUCAGAAGAUAGCACCAUUGCAACAUAUGUCGAUGAGAUUGUUUGGGACUUCAUCAAUGACCCAGUUGAGGCUGAGAUAGAGGCUCAGAUUUUAGCUCAGGCCGAGGCUCAACAAAAUGAAGCUGCAGCUCAAUCUCGACGGCACAUAGAAAGAAACCGUGAAGCUGGACACUUCCGCUUGAUGGCUGACUACUUCGACGACAACCCAGUUUACACGGACAAGCAAUUCCGCCGAAGGUAUCGUAUGAGGAAGCAUGUAUUUCUUCGCAUUUUACAAACACUUAGUGAGUGGUCCCCUUAUAUUUGCCAAAGGUUUGAUGCCUUUGGCAAGCCUGGUCAUUCGCCACACCAAAAAUGCACUGCAGCCAUGCGCCUGCUAGCCUAUGGCUGCCCUGCUGAUAGUCUAGAUGAAAAUCUAAGAAUUGCUGCAAGCACAACCAUUGAGGUCUUGACCAAGUUUGCAAGAGGUGUGAGGAAGAAUUUUGGUGAAGAAUAUCUAAGAAGACCCACUAGUGAAGACACUAGACACUUACUUCAUGUUGGCGAGAAUCGAGAUUUCCCUGGCAUGUUAGGAAGUAUAGAUUGUAUGCAUUGGGAGUGGGAAAGGUGCCCAACUGCUUGGAAGGGACAAUUUACUCGUGGUGAUAUUGGAGCAUCCACCAUUAUGUUAGAAGCUUUUGCCUCACAUGAUCUUUGGAUUUGGCAUGCAUAUUUUGGUGUGGCAGGGUCUAACAAUGACAUAAAUGUGUUAAAUCAGUCAACUUUGUUCACACAAUUACUGCAAGGGAGAGCUCCUGAAGUAGAGUUUACGGUCAAUGCAAAUGUGUACAAGAAGGGCUACUAUCUUGCAGAUGGUAUUUAUCCAGAAUGGGCUACAUUAAUGAAAACAAUCCCCCUGCCGCAGUGUGAGAAAGAUAAGAGAUUUGCACAGCAUCAAGAAUCAGCAAGAAAAGAUGUGGAAAGAGCAUUUGGAGUUUUGCAGCGAAGAUUUGCAUUAUACGCAACCCAGCACGAUUGUGGGAUAGAAGUGCACUAG